UUGAAGUGUCCUGUAAUCUCUAGCUAGCUAAACCCCUGCACCGUGCGUCCCCCGUCUUUGCCCAUGAGAUGGUACGGCUGGAGACAUGGGUCUAUUUUAGGCAGUGGGCGGUAUGGGAGUGGAACAAGCAGGUGCAGUGAUUUAGAGACUUGGAGUCAGUCGGCAGUAGUGUACUACAAACGUGUCCUCCAAUCUCUUCCUUACACACAACAAUCAGGACAGCAUGGAAAGCGUGGACGUGUUUGACGUGCCUGGGAAAGGCCGGGGUCUCAGAACCACCAAGGAGGUGUGGGCCGGAGAUGUCCUCUUUGCCGAGCCAAGCUUCGCUGCCGUCGUCUUUGACAGCAUGGCUGAACAUGUAUGUCACAGCUGCUUCCGACGGCAGCCCAAGCUGCACCGGUGUGGCCAGUGCAAAUUUGCACAGUACUGCAACCGCACGUGCCAGCGCCAGGCCUGGGAGGAGCACAAGCUGGAGUGUGCCGCCAUCAAGGCCUACGGCAAGGUGCCCAACGAAAACAUCCGGCUUGCGGCUCGUAUCCUGUGGCGCGUUGACAAGGAGGGAGGGAUUGUGUCGGACACUCAGCUCAUCUCCAUCGAUGAUCUGGAGAAUCACGUGUCUGACAUGCUGCCAGAAGACCUGAAGGACCUCAAGAUGGAUGUUCUUCACUUCCUGGACUAUUGGCCUCGCUACAGCAAACCUCACAAAGUGGAGGACGUCUCCCAUGUCCUCGGCUUGAUUAACUGUAAUGGCUUUUCAAUGAGUGACCACCGGGGGCUCAACGCAGUAGGGGUGGGCCUCUUCCCAAACCUGUGCCUGAUCAACCACGACUGCUGGCCCAACUGCACCGUCAUCCUCAACAAUGGGAAUCAGACAGCUGUGAACACUCUAUUUCACACUCAAAGGAGGAUUGAGUUGCGGGCCCUGGGGAAGAUCAGCACAGGGGAGGAGCUGACGGUGGCCUACGUGGACUUCCUCAACGUCUCCAGCGAGCGGCAACGGCAGCUUAAGCAGCAGUAUUUCUUUGACUGCACCUGCAAGCACUGCACCGAGCACAUCAAGGAUGAUCUCAUGAUGGCCGCCAAGGAAGUGGAUGAUAAUAAGCCAUCUGAGGAGGAGGUGAAGGAGGUGACAGAGUAUAGUCUGAAGAUGCUGGAGAAGAUGGAAAAAGCUCGUGUUGAAGGGGACUACCAUGAGGUGGUAAAGAUCUCCCGGGAGUGCCUGGAGAAGCAGGAGAAGGUGCUGGCCGACACCCACCUGUACAUGCUGCGCGUGCUGAGCACGGCCAGCGAGGUGCUGUCCUACCUGCAGUUCAUUGACGAGGCCGCUACGUACUCCCGCAGGAUGGUGGAGGGCUAUAUGAAGCUGUAUCACCCCAACAAUGCGGCGCUGGGCAUGGCUACCAUGCGAGCGGGGGUGACGCAUUGGCAGGCUGGUUUCAUCGAGGUUGGACAUAGUAUGAUCUGCAAAGCUUACGCCAUUAUAAUGAUCACCCACGGGCCAACCCACCCCAUCACCCAGGACCUCGAGGCCAUGCGCAGGCAGACAGAGAUGGAGCUGCGCAUGUUCCAGCAGAACGAGUACGUCUACCACAGCAUGCGAGAGGCGGCCCUCAAGAACCAGCCAAUGAGCAUGAGGCCGGAGCCCGUAGAGGAAGGCAUCAAGAACCUCUUCCGGAGGAAAUGACCUUGUUGCCAUUUACUUGCCUUUAUGCAGUGUACCUCAUCAUCCUUUGCCAUUUUUUAAACAGUAAAAGAAUCUUUGGGGAA